AUGAUGAUUUUCAUCUAUUUCAUAUUUUUGAAUACAUCAUAGUCAUUUGAAAUAUAAGGAUUAGAUCCCUUUUACUAGGUAGAACAUUAAUUUGUCAAGAUUAAGGAUGAUGCAUUUAUACAAGAAAAAUAUUUUGGCUAUGGUAUUUGUUCUAAAUAUAAUCCGCUAAGUGCGAUAUCUUAAACUGGUCCAAUUAGAUUGUUUGAUAGUAAUUUUAUUAGCUUUAUCACAUACUAGAUAGGACAAGCAAUGAAAUAAAUUUAAUGUAUUACGACUGUUUAGAUUAUUAGGCAAACAAAAUAAUAACAAAGACAAUAAAGUUUGUAAACAAUGAAGAUGAAUAGAAAGAGUAUGAAAUUUAGGUUGAUAUAUUCGAAUAUGAAAGCUUUUGGUAUUUUCUUGAAGUGCUUUAAUGGCCAUUACAAAAACGAUUAGAAAUAUUGAUAAUAUCAUAAAUUAAAAUAAUGAUUCAUAUUAUUGAUAAAAUAAAAUACCCCUUUACGGGAAUUGAUCUCCAAUUUACUUUUGGAAGUAGCUUGAUUGUAAGUUCUUCAAGGAUAAAAUCGAUUUAAAAAGAUUAAAAAUUCUCGUACUUUCCUGGAACUAUUAUUUUAUAAAAGUUUCAGAUAUUAGAUGUUUUAACUAUCAUUGAUUGGUUUGAUUAUGUGAAAAGUGUUUUUGCUAAAUUACGAGAUAUGUUCGUGCUAAUCAAAUAGUAACAUAAGAAUUCAAGAUUAGAACAGUGACUCUUAAUUAAAAGGAGAAUUUGUAUCAGAAAAUUAAAAUUGUGAUUCUUUUGUUUUCUCAGGGUAUGUAAAAAUUAAAGAAAUUAUUAAGGAAGACAAUCGAAUUUAUAUUUCCAUAUCUAAAAUUAGCAGUUAAUUUAGAAGAUCCAAUUUUAUCUGGUGAUAACUUAUCCCCUCUUUAAAUUCAAUAUAGGUUCUCAAAUUUUUAGAAUUAAAUAAUUGUAACAACUUAUAGCUACACUUUUCCUAUGGUUUCAAUUGAUUUUUCUAAUAAUCCAUUUCUAAUAAUGAAAUCUUUUAAUAUUAGCCAUAACAUCCAUUUUAUGGCAUAAAAUUUAACUUAAAUUGAUAAGAAAUGUAAUGAAUCUAUAAAUUGA